AUGGCGUCCGAGAGCUUCGAGGAGGCGCCCGACAGGAUAGCGGCGACGCUUAACGGCCGUGACGUCCUGUUGACCGGGGGCACGGGCUUCUUGGGCAAAGUCUUUGUGGAAAAGUUCCUGCGCCUCCUGCCCGACAUCAACCAGCUGUAUCUGCUCGUCAGGGCGAAGAAGGGCAAGGACCCGAAGCACAGGCUCGACGACAUAUUCAAUUCCGCGUUUAAACUUUCACAAUGGGACUGGUGGCUUGUACAUUACGAAUUAUCACGAGUACUUGCCGAGAAUGAGAAUACCAACAGCUUUGUUACGGUGACGGAAGUUGAUAAAAAUUUCGAACACGAACAGAGUUUCGGAAUGUGCCGAGUCCACCGGCGCAUCAAAAAAGGCUUCGAGGUGUUCGAGUACUACGCAAACAACCAAUGGGACUUUGAAAACUCGAACAUAGCGGAACUCCGGUCCAGUUUGAAUGCGAAAGAACGAGUACUUUACCAGUUGCACGGCGAUGACAUGCAGCUGGACGAUUACUUCGAGAGUUGCCUCAGGGCCUGUCGAAUAUACAUCUUGAACGAGCCGCCGGAAACUUUACCCGCCGCCCGACGACACAUGAGAGUGAUGUAUUGGGUCGACGUGUUCACGAAAAUCAUGUUCUUCGUGCUGCUGAUCUACAUGUUCGCGUGCUGGAGCGACAGCUUCAAAUUCGACGAAUUAUUGAAACGAGCAGUUAUUUUAAAUACAAGAGGCACAAAGCUAAUGCUAGAAUUGGCCAAAGAAAUGAAAAAACUCGAUCUCUUUGUACACAUAAGCACGGCGUACUGCCAUCUUGAAGAAAAGGUAAUUUUUUCAAACAUUUUCCGCAGACCGAGCAUCGUGAUACCGAUCUGGAAGGAGCCGGUGCCCGGCUGGACGGACAACUUAAACGGGCCGACGGGCUUGCUGAUCGGCGCGGGCAAGGGCGUCAUCAGGACGAUGCACUGCAACCAGAACAGCUACGCGGACUACGUGCCGGUCGACAUAGCCGUGAACGCCAUACUGGCCAUCACGUGGAACUACCUCGGCAACGCCCAGCACGACAAGCGCGUCUACAAUCUCACCAGCAGCAGCGAGUUCAAGGUCUCGUGGGCCGAGAUAAUCGACAUUGGCCGCCGGGUGACGGAGAAGGUGCCGCUCAACGGCGUCGUCUGGUAUCCCGGGGGCAGCAUGAAGAAGAGCCGGUUCGUCCACAACAUGUCCGUGCUCUUCUUCCACAUGAUACCGGCUUACAUCAUCGACGCGCUCAUCUUCCUCGCCGGACACAAGCCCAUAAUGUGCCGAGUCCACCGGCGCAUCAAAAAAGGCUUCGAGGUGUUCGAGUACUACGCAAACAACCAAUGGGACUUUGAAAACUCGAACAUAGCGGAACUCCGGUCCAGUUUGAAUGCGAAAGAACGAGUACUUUACCAGUUGCACGGCGAUGACAUGCAGCUGGACGAUUACUUCGAGAGUUGCCUCAGGGCCUGUCGAAUAUACAUCUUGAACGAGCCGCCGGAAACUUUACCCGCCGCCCGACGACACAUGAGAGUGAUGUAUUGGGUCGACGUGUUCACGAAAAUCAUGUUCUUCGUGCUGCUGAUCUACAUGUUCGCGUGCUGGAGCGACAGCUUCAAGUCACUGAUCGUCGGCAGCUGGAAAAUACUCGACCGGGCAUUAACUUCUUAACUGCGUGUCCCAUGAUUUUAUGAUUUUAUUGUUUCAUUAUUAUUAUUAUUAUUAUUAUUAUUAUUACAACUAUGAUUAUUUUUGUUCAUUACUUAUGAGGAGUGUGUUUUGCAUCAGGAGGAUGGAUAUUACUCAUCAAAUUUUGAAGAUCAGUUUUCUGAUAUCUCAAAAUCAUCGGGAUCACCUAGUAUUAUCAAAAUGACAAUUUAAACCAAAAAAUGGCAACUUUUUUUACGUUUGGGAUAAAAAUCAAUACUUUCGUUUUGAAACAGAUUCAACAGAUUUGCGAGACUUGAACGAUGGACGGAAUAUAAAAUUUUGAAUUUGAAUUGUCGAGGGUGUAAAGUGCGACAUCGCACCCACACUUCCGGGAAGGUCUAUUAUAGAUCUGUCGAGAUGAAUAAUUAAUUUCAGGAGAUGAGAUAAUACGAAAUACACUACCUGUUAGAAUAUUAUAAUUGUAAAUUUACCAAAUGAUUAAAGGGGGUACUCGCUGCUCAAGGUAAUCUUGACAAUCGAAUGAGUCGAUUGAGUACCUCACUGUGAAUGCAGUUGUGUAAUGUACAUGUAUGUAACUGACAAUACAACAGGGUGAUUUUUCUUUGAAACGACCAACAGAAAAAUAAGUACUACGUUAGGGAUCUAAGUUUAAUUCUUUCUCCUUUCUGUUCUAUUUCUCCCAUCUGUUUUCCUAUUGAAAAUCAAUUUCUUUGUAUUAUAUAUUUUUAAUUGUAAUUUUGUAACGUUGACUAAAGUUGAUAAGGUAAUCAACCAUUAACCAUGGAUGGAAUAAAAAUAAAACUUAGGA